CGAUGUGCUUGCUCGGCCCUCUUCCAAACAGAAGGUGGUUUGCAUGAGCAUCUUCAAGAAUAUCGGUCUCGCGAGCAGCGUUUGCGAGCCGAAGCCGAACUAUGCCAAGCCCAUUGGAGCACCGGCGACGAUCGAGGUGGCCAAAGCGAUUGCGACGAUAAUCGAGGCAAUGAAGACAAUGAUCUCGGCAAUCCAACAAGCAGGAUAGGAAAAGAUAAAAGCCACGGGGGACAUUAUUGUCCCGACGGAACAUGUCCACAUUCAGGACGGUUAUGGAAAAAGCAGGCACUCCGGCGACACUAUCAGCAACAUGUUCCAUGCGAGGAAGUAUGUGUGGUGUGUUUCAAGGUGAUGAGGCUCACAAGCGAGUUUUUGAGACAUGUUGAGAAGCACAUCAGCACGAGUGGAAGGAAGAUGACCUUCAUCAGGGCAACAUGCGAUGAAUUGCGCGAGCGUUCCGAUGCGCAAUUAGACCUUGCAUUGAAGAAACGGAAGUUUGGGGUGGCAGGU